GAAAAUGAUUCUGCGGCUCCUUCUCCCCCUCCUUUAGAUUUAGGGUUCGUCUCAGAGUAAUUAUUGGUGAUGGAAGUUUUCUUUAUUUCUUCAGCUGGCGAACUCUCCCAGCCCACAAUAUGUUAUUGAUCUCCAACUCCCCGCAGGUAAUUAGGGUCUCUCAGAAAAGAAUACAGGAAUUUUUUGUACAAAUUCAGUUUCCUUACUUGAGCUGGUUUCCAGGAAUCAACUAGCUCCGAUCAAUAACUAUUUAUUUUUAAGUUAUGAUGGCGAUGAGCAUCAUACAACCCCCGCAAAUUGGCUGUGGCAGUGAGCCAAAGCAGAAAAGAGCCUAUACAAGAAAAGACUGUGGUGGUGAUACAACAAAUACGUCAACAGCGAUGACAAAAAGAAAAGAUUGCGGUGAUACAAAUACUUCUACAGUGAUGGAGAAGAAGAAAAGACCUUGUAAAAGAAAAGAUUGUGGUGAUACAAUAGAUACACCAACCAUCAUGGAGAUAAAGAAGAAAAGACCGUAUAGAAGAAAAGAUUGUAUUAUUGGUGGCACAAUUACUCGAACAGCGACGGAGAAAAGAAAAGAUUGCGCUGAUACAAAUACUUCUACAGUGGCAGAGAAGAAGAAAAGACCUUGUAAAAGAAAAGACUGUGGUGAUACAACAGAUACGCCAACCGUGAUGGAGAUCAAGAAGAAAAGACCACGUAGAACAGAAGAUUGUAUUGUUGGUGGUACAAAUACUCCAACCGUGAUGGAGAUCAAGAAGAAAAGACCAUAUAGGAGAAAGAAGUACCUUCCUCAUGAUUUGAUUGUGGAAGAAAUAUUAACCAAGCUUCCAGUCCCGACAUAACGUCUGUUCUGGUAUCCAAACUCUGGUAUAACUCCAUUCAUAAUGAUCGUAAACGCUUAACUUAUUCUCAUUUCCUUGAGUCACAGAAACACCCCCGAGUUAUCCUUAGCCUUUUAAAUGUUAGGGCUGGGGUUGUUAAAAACACAGGCGAGCCUAGGUAUGCAUGUCACUUCUUCAAAUUUACUACUGGAAUGCACUCUCAUGAAAACUCUCUGAAGUUUGACAAGUUUCGGGGUAGUCUUGCUAAUCGUGAUAUUUGGGAACUGGUUGGUUACUGCCGCGGUCUACCUUGCAUGGCACAAGUGGGUAAUUACUCAACUGGUUAUAUAAUUUUGGACCCAAACAGGCAAGAUUUUAUCUAUAUCUUUUAUCCAGCCAUAGUUGGGAAAUGCAUCUCCGAGGCCCACAUCAUCUGUCACGGAUUUGGGCUCGAUCCCUCAGCAAACAAGUACAAGCUGGUGAGUAUUUUUGGUACUACUCAAAAGGAGCUUAACGUUGUGGUAUUUACGUUGGGAACUAAAUCAUGGAGAAAUAUCACUGCCUCAACCACCUCUUUAUCAGCUCAUGGCGGUCGUCCUAUUACAAAGAUAAGAGCGCCCACAGGUAGUGACAAAUCAGCCAUCUUCUGUACUACUAGUGGCAGCGGUGGAUGCUUGGUCUGGAAGAUGAUAGCAACUUUGGGGGGAGCAGGAUCUAACCAUAUCCAACAUGAUGGUGGUAAUGCUGUUAAUAAUAAUGAGAUGGAGAUGUUACUGUCGUUCAAUCUCCAUGAUGAGAAGUUUCAGCUCAUUCAAUUACCGGCUAAAAGUACAACUGACGAGCAACAGAAGCACUUAUUUGUUGAUUACCCUCAUCUUCUGGGGUUCAAGGGAUCUCCUUGUAUUGCACGUGUCGAAAAAAAAUCAGGGAAUGGAAGUGAUUAUCCUCAUCGUUGCCGUGAUGAUCAUCAGGGUAAUAGUGGUAGUAGUAGUUGCUGCUGUUGUUGUAAAGUUCAUUUGUACGCGUUGAAGGAUAAUGUCAAGCAAGUGUGGGUGAAGGAAGAGAGUUUUGAUGUUCGUGUAAAUUCUAGUCCCACAUGGUUAAGGAAGCUGGCACCAGAUCCCUGCUGUUUUUGCUUCAGAGGUACUACUACUACACCUCCUACUCGCAUCUUCAGUUUCUCGGAUCAGAUGUUACUUUACUGGUUCAAUGGGGGAUCUCUUCAAGUUUACAACUUACGCUCUGGUAAACUUCAGCUUGUAAUGCCUACCGAUCGUAAAGAGAAUGCCAUCUUUGAAGCUAAAAUGAUAGAACCGCGGCACAUCUUUAAUUCCAGUGAUGAUGAUGAUAUUUAUUGCUCAAAAAUGGAUUAUCAGCUGCACUGUCAUGAGGAAAACUUUCUUUCUCUAGAAACCUUCAUACCAGAAGGAUCGGCAGGAGUUGGUGCUGACGAUUUCUUUGAGUUAGAUUUGGAGAGAGUGGACCGUCCAUGUUCGGCAUACGUGUUUAUCAACAGAGGUUCAGAAGUGUUCUAUCCUUGUUUUAAUUAGUACCUGUGUACUAACUUUUCUUGGUAAUUGUCAUUAGUUUACUAGAUUAGUUUAAAAAAUUAGUAGGAAAGUUUUAGUGUCACUGGCAUGCUUUAUUAGGAGAACCUGUUUAUGGAUAAUAUCGAUGAGCAUAUCAAGUGAAAUUAUCAUAAACUGCAAUGCACUUUCAUGUAUGGA